CGUAAAUUACGUCAUCAAAACAAGCCGACCCGAGCAGCAUGGAGGAACCCUCGCUGAAGCUUUUUUGACCUUCUAAAAUUAUUCCUUUCCAAUAGUGUCGGUUUGAAUUCAGCUUUCCAGGAUGUCGGUCAAGCACGUGUCAGUCCAUGCGAAAUGGAUCAUCGGCAGAGUAAUCGGGACCAAGAUGUACAAAACUGCCAAAGUGAGAGUCACAAGGCUGGUGCUGGACCCAUACCUGCUCAAGUACUACAAUAAGAGGAAGACCUACUUUGCCCAUGAUGCUUUGCGGCAGUGCACUGUGGGAGAUAUUGUCCUUCUCCAGGCUUUGCCUGAGCCCAGGUCCAAACAUGUGAAGCAUGUACUGUCUGAGAUUGUGUAUAAAGUUGGCCGGGUGGUCGACCCACUGACGGGAAAGAGGGUUGAAGGAACUGAGUUUGUGGAGCCUCUGACUGACCUUCCACUCAGCCUGAGAGACGACACAACGUUAUCAGAAAAACUGCAGGAGCUCAACAUCUCUGCCGCCUCCAGUGAGGCUGAUUCUCCGCCAGCACAAGCUCCCACUUCAUGAUAGAAAAAGGCAUUCUUUUAUGCAGCGUGGUUAGCUGAAAUGUCACUCUGCAAUUCUGUUUCUGUGUACAUGUACAUAUACUUUCAUAAAUCAGCCAUCAAGAUAUAUCAAUUCAUGUGGGAAAUAAAAUGUUAGUUGGUUCCUGCUACGGUAGUUAUGAAUUCAAAAUGCAUUGCUGAUUAAUUUACAAUAAAAUGACAAUGAUGAUGCAUGGUUUUAUUCACAAACAUG